AUGGAGCAAGAGCUGGAGGCGGAAAUGACCUUGAAGAAGAAGGAAAGGGAAAUCAAGCGGGCAAUCGAAAGAAAACGCUUGAUGUUAGAGAAGAAGAUGUACGAAGAAGAAGAAGAGCAGGAGAAGUUGCUGCAGGAAGAGAUCCUACGGGAAAGGAAAGCGCAAGUGGAUCGUAUGAGAACAAACAAACAGUCUUUCGAGGAGAAUUUGAGGAUUUUAGAUGAACAGAUGCGUGGCUUAAAAUACCGUACAGAGCAGAAUAAGUUGAAGAAAGACGUCGAUGCUGGCGAAGGCGUUUCUGGUGUACGGACGCCGUUGCGUAAUCCGGAGGUGGGAAAGGUAGCGGAACAGGCAACAAUUAAGCGGAAAAGCACUCCAAUCGUUCCAUCACAAGAUGUAUCCGAUUCUGAUGAUGAAACCGACGCAGACGAAACCGCUGAAGAGGACCCCACUACAUACAGCGAGGAAUCCGACGGUUCAAUAGAAGAGACGGAAAGAAAGCUCACCAAAAUCAGCAAGAGAAAAUCCAGCCAAUACGGAAGUGGUAUCAGUAGAAAAUUGCCUACAUUUUCUGGAAAACCAGAGGAAUGGCCGCUGUUCUAUGGAACGUACCAAGCAUCAAAUGAAGCUUGUGGUUAUAGCGAUGUGGAAAAUUUGGUGCGGCUUCAGGAAUGCCUGAAAGGUCCAGCUUUAGAAAUGGUGCGUGGACAACUGCUUCUUCCGAAAUCAGUUCCGAAAGUAAUUGCAAAGCUGCGCCAGCUGUAUGGUCGUCCAGAACAACUGUUACAAAGCCACUUGGAUAAAGUUCGUCGGCUAGAAUCUCCCAAAACUGGCAAACUUGCUAGCUUCAUUCCAUUCGGGACUGCGGUAGAACAAUUGUGUGAGCAUCUAGAGGCGGCGGAAUUGAAACAGCAUUUAGUCAACCCUCUGCUUGUGCAAGACCUAGUAGACAAGCUUCCCGACAAUGAAAAGCGUGAAUGGGUGCGUUUCAAAAGAGGAAAGAAGAGGGUAACACUGCGAACUUUCACCGAUUUCCUGUCCGAAAUAGUUGCGGAGGUGUGUGAAGCCAACGUGAGCCUAGAAUGCAAAUCAUCAAGUAAGCCAAUUAGUGGAGGACGUUCUGGAAUGGGUAACGGAUCGAAGGGCGCACUUUUCAAUCAUGAUGAAGGGGAACAGCGAGUAAAUAGUCCCGAGUUGGUGAGGGAAGAACGUAAAGGUCUGAAACCGUGCAGAGUAUGUAAUAGAACAGAUCAUCGAUUACGUUAUUGCCAAGAUUUUAAAAGCCUGGAUUACGCGGAGCGAAUGCAAGUUGUAAACCAGUGGAAAUUAUGUCGGGUGUGUUUGAAUGAACAUGGACAAGCAUUGUGUAAGUUCAAGCUGCGUUGCAAUGUCGGGGAUUGCCGACAAGCACACAAUCCUCUUCUGCACCCAGUUGACGGCGUAAUUGGAACCAGCGCACACAUUAGAACAAAUAAUAUGACUAUGUUUCGGAUGAUUCCGGUACGACUCCACAGCGGACAGAAGUCAAUCACCGUGCUCGCUUUUCUGGACGAAGGCGCGUCGGUAACAUUGGUAGAGCGAAGGAUAGCGGAUCGAUUAGGAGUAGUCGGUGUUCAAGAAAAGCUACCAUCCAGUGGACAGCAGAAAUAG